AUGCCAUCUUCCAUCCGUGAGGCCGGCGCUCCUUUCGCAAACGCAGAUGCAGACAUCAUCCUGCGCUCCAGCGACAAUGUGGAUUUCCGCGCACACCGAGUACUCCUUUCCAUCACCUCCCCUAUCUUCGCCGACAUGUUCAAACUGCCACCCGGAGAAGCAGGCGCGGACACUGGAGAUGAAGAAAAGGGUGGCGUCUGUGUUGUAAAGCUGCCUGAAGACGAGAAGUCCCUUCGUAUCUUGCUGGGAUACUGCUAUCUUGCACUCGCGCCCGUAGUGCUCAGCUCUCUCGACGAUGCAGUGCGCGCUGUGAUGGUCGCAGACAAGUACCAACUCUCUCGCGGUCGGGUCUUCGCGAUGGAGAAGCUGAAGGAUUUCGCGAAGGAGGAUCCAGAACGUGUUUAUGCCCUGGGGUGGAAGAUGGACAUGGCUGAUGUCGCACGGGUGGGAGCUCGGGCGACGCUCGUUAAGCCGUACACCAUCGGGCUCCCAACAAUGGAGAAAGUUGGGAGCCUGCCAUCUCCCGCUUUGCUGAAGCUUUUCGUCUAUCAGGGCGCUUGCAUUGAGGCGGCAUUGGGUGUGCUAGACCUAGCCUGGUUCCAAACCGAUAUGCUCGUCUUGAAAACUGGCAGCUUUUGCGGGAGGACACCUUUGGGAAGGAUUGGCGUUUCGCAGCUGAUGCAGCAGAACUGGAACGGCAUGUCGUGGUGCAGCAUCACGGACCCCCUCAAGCGAUGCUUCGACGCUAUUCGUGCCGCGUUGAGAACGCACCCAUGCGGCGAUGCUAUCGAUGCUGCAAAGCUUCUCGAGAUAUCCACAGGCGGAUUAUGUGACAGCUGUGCAAGGUACCAUAUCGCAACUAUACCGGCUUUCGCAGAGCUGCUCGCCUCUCAAGUCGAAAACGCUUUAGCCAAAGUCCCUCUGGAUAUCUCCUACUGA